AUGACGGAAGUAAUGGUACCUACCGACGAGCCGUCAAAAUGGGUGUGCCGUUUGGAAAUAUCCUAUGAGCUAGAGCAGUAUCAAGACAAGCGUGGAUCCGGAACAGGGUUUCUGGUCAACAUGCCACACACCAACAUGUAUUGUAUCAUGACGGCUGGGCAUAACAUUGUUCAUGCCAAAUUCGGACCGACAUCCAGUAUACUGGUUACGUUUCCAAACAAACUGAAGUUUGAAGCAUACCUGAACAAAAAGGAACUAUUCGCUGCGAAGGAAUUUAUGAAAGCCCCCGCGCUAGAGUCGGAUCAAAAAAGUUCUUACGAGGACUACGGAAUGAUUAUUGUCGACAGGGAUAGGGUCAAAGCCGAACUCGAGCAUUCAAAGGUGAUUACAGACGCGAAGGCAGAAGUGGAGCUUCUAAAAAAGAAGUUGGAGGGUAUCAAUGAAAAGAUUAAGAAUCAGAAAGCUGAGAUAGAGACUUUACAGGCGGAAUCAAAAAAGAUCGAGAAAGAUAUAGAGAGUCGGCAGAAGUCUAUCCGAUUGCAGUUGGAUCGAGUUGACCUGUAUGGUUGUGCUUUCAGUUGUAUGUUUUCCACGUUCGACUUGGCUGAAAAGGAAGGCUCUGUUUAUGGGCACAUGGAGAACAGUAAAACUCAAACUAAAAACACAUCCCACUUCUCAUUGACGCAGCCUACUACUUUGGAUUACAGUAAGCAGACAAAGCCAGGCGUUAGUGGGGGGCCGGUUUUCGUCACGAAGGGGGGAAGUGACAUUGCAGUCGGGAUCCAUAACUACCACUUUCGGGCAACCCGGCUGACGUACUCAGUACUGUCAGAGAUGGUCUCUUGGAUCAAUGACUACAAACGCCUCUGGCAAUUCGAAUUUAUGGAAUUGAAACCGGACCCAGUAAAAUUUAAAGGGAAGAAGAUGGUUCAGACGGGGUCUGGCAUUUACCUCCACACAACCAGUGGGCAAAACCCUAAUAUCGUUGCUCGUCCAGGCGGAGAUGCAAACAGCUGGUUCCAACUCAUCGCUGUAUCAGGGUCGAAGAAGGUCGAGCGCAAGCCCGGUGAAGACCAAGAAUUUCGAUUUGCAAUAUUACCAGCACGGCCUAUACAGGUCACCCGAGAAAGACGCAAGCCAGAGGAUCCUGAGCUUCAUUGUUUUCUAAAGUGUACCGAACACGGUCCUGCGGCCUUCAGCAUUGCAUCUGAACCACUAACUGAAAACGAAUUUUGUGUUACCAUGACGGCACCUACUGCUACCGGUACCGGUACCAAGACUAAGAUAACUUGUAUCUUUCCCGCUCUGGAAUCAGAUGUAUCAAUGGUCAUAGAGCGGAAGAAACGCAGCGCCUUUCAAUGCAGUUGUAUAUCACAGGACGACGACGUGAACUUCCGUUCCGUAAAUAAUGGACCUUGUUCAUUUUUUCUCAUGUCCCAUGUUAAGGAUUGA